CAAAAUACCCCCAGGUUCUCCCAUCUCACUCUGUGUAUUAGUAGCAUCAGCAGCGCCGGGAAAGUUUAGAAGCUUCUCGCGUUAGGGGAAAACGCUAUCGCUGACACAGGCUCUGACCCUGGCCAUAUAGGCUCCUCUGCAGGAGGACGGGGGCUCCAAACCUUCCUCCUGCUAGAUUGGUGAGAGAGAGAGAGAGAGAGAGAGAGAGAGAGAGAGAAGGAGAACGAGAGAGAAACAUAGAGGAAUCAGCAUGGGUUCCAGCUCCUCUUCCUAUGCCCCAAAAACCAUCUAUCUAGACGUGGAUGGUAAGGUUCAGAAGGUGGCAUUCAGUCGUCACUGCAGCCCAUGUGACAUCAAGGAGCUACUUUGUACCUCAUCCAACAUCCCCAGGAAUACUGCUAUCAUGAUGGUGGAUCCUGAAGGGGCCCUGGUGUCCAUAGACCCUACUAUGCCUACCAACUCUCCCAACUCCUUGUACAAAGUCAUUUCUUUGUCCACCGGUCAGCUUGGAGAGAAAGAAGACAUGUUUCAAAACGUGUUAUCUCAGGUGGCGGAGCAGUUCAGCAGGGCUUUCAGAAUCAACGAGCUGAAAACUGAGGUGACCAACAGACUGGCAAUGUUGGAGAAAAGAGUGGAGUUGGAGGGACUGAAGGUUGUGGAGAUUGAGAAGUGCAAAAAUGACCUAAAGAAACUACGAGAUGAGAUGACAUCCAGAGGAGGAGGGAGAGUCGGGAACUGUCCCUGCAAGUACAACUUCUCAGACGACGGGAAGAAGCUUAAUCCCAGACGUGACGUCCCAAGUUAUCCAAAGUACACCUUAUCCCAGGAGACUAUUGAAGCACUGAAGAAGCCAACAUUCGAUGUCUGGCAUUGGGAACACAAUGAGAUGCUGAGCUGCUUAGAGUACAUGUACCAUGACCUGGGACUGGUGAAGGAAUUCAACAUGAACCCCAUCACUCUCAAACGCUGGCUGCUGGGCAUUCAGGAGAACUAUCGCAGCAACCCGUUCCACAACUUCCGCCACUGCUUCUGUGUCAGUCAGAUGAUGUAUGGCAUGAUUAACCUGUGUAACCUGCCGGAGAAGAUGACUCUAACGGACAUGGGCAUUCUCAUGACAGCUGCAGUGUGCCACGACCUGGACCACCCCGGCUACAACAACACGUACCAGAUCAACGCUCGCACAGAGCUGGCCGUGCGUUACAACGAUAUAUCUCCCCUGGAGAACCAUCACUGCGCCGUGGCCUUCCAGAUCCUAUCGCUGCCCGAGUGCAACAUAUUCGCCAACGUCGAAUUGGAGGCCUACAAGCAGAUCAGACAGGCCAUCAUUACCCUGAUCUUGGCCACAGACAUGGCCCGGCAUGGAGAGAUAUUAGACUCCUUCAAACAUAAAGUGGACAGCUUUGACUUCACCAACGAGGAGCAUGUGACAUGCCUGAAGAUGGUUCUGAUCAAAUGCUGCGACAUCUCCAACGAGGUCCGGCCUACCGAGGUGGCCGAACCCUGGGUGGACUGUCUGCUGGAGGAGUACUUCAUGCAGAGUGACAGGGAGAAGACUGAAGGGCUGCCGGUGGCUCCGUUUAUGGACAGAGACAAAGUGACCAAGCCCACUGCCCAGAUCGGAUUCAUCAAGUUUGUCCUCAUCCCAAUGUUUGAGACAGUCAUGAAGCUCUUCCCCCAGAUUGAGGAGAUCAUGGUGCAGCCUCUGAGAGACUCUAGAGACCACUAUGAGGAGCUGAAGCAGAUCGAUGACGCCAUGACAGAGGCACAGAAGAAAAAAACUGAAAAUAUGUCAUUAGGAGGGAAGAAGAAGUAAGCUUUGCUGCUGCGAGCACAGUGGUACUGUGGCUCUGGCUCUCGUUUUAUGAUCCAAAAAUUCAAAAAGGUCAUGGGUCGUCCUGAUCUGCGUCUUUGAAGAUGGAGGGUGAAAAGACUUGUCUUCUACACACUGAACCAACCUCAGACUACAUGAAACCUCCUGGUUGAUCACCACUGUUUUGUUAUGAACAUUACAGAAGGACAAUCGCUCUGUUUCAAUGUCCACACUAGCAUACUACAUAGGAUGAAUUCAUGUAUCAAACACAUUGGAAUUAUAGCCCAUCUGAACGCUAGUUGGUCAUUAUCCACGGCUGUGUAUACACAUGCAGCCCAAUUCUGACCUUUUUACCCAAUUGUAGGAAAAAUAUCUGAUCUGAUUGGUCAAAAUACCAAUAAUUGGGCAAAAUGUCAUAAUUGGUCUGUCUAUGUUUACACAACCUAUCAUAAUUUCUGAGUGACAAUUGGUCAAUAUAGGUAUAUUUUUUGCCAUAUUUUCUGCUUUCUGGUUUUAGUCACACUUGUUGAUGUUGCCUAUUACGGUAUAAUGAAUAACAACUAAGACGCUUACUGC